CGUCCGUCCCACCGUUCCGCCAACAUGGAAUCUGCCAACCUCACCAAAGCGCACGAGCACGCCCGCAACGCUGCAACGGCCACCUAUGGAAACAGCAUCGCGACCGCGGGGCACGAACAUGAUUCUGCUGCUUCGGCCUUCAACGAGGCAACCCAAGACACGGCAAACUCGGAAGCGCUGCGCAUCCUCAGUCUCUUGGAGGACCACCACCGGAAACUUGCUGGAUUGAUAAAGGAACCCCCUCGCAAGAAAGACACCACGAAGCCUUCCGCCACCCAAUCCUCGGAUACUGCCGCUGCAUCUCAAGGCUCAAAAUCCGCGACAGUAGCCAGGGCUUCUUCGCCUUCGGCACCUUCCACCUCAUCCUCGACCCGCACGCCGUCCCGACGCAGGCUCCCCCAGUCAUCUAUUGCCACCAAUCUCGCCGAAAAGCGUGGCAUUCCGCGGCGAGGCACUCCAAGUGCCGCUCCAGUAUCAGUCACCAACGCCCUCGCAAGCCGCAAUGAAUCCGCCUCUACUCCGGUGCGGGACAUGCUCGAGCGUCAGAGUCGCAAGGCAGAAGCGGAGAAGCGCACCGGCAACACGGACAACGGUAGCAAGGAUGAGAAAGAGAAGGCAAGAGACUCAACCUCGAUCGCAUCUACAUCUACAGAAGACAACUUCAGACGCUUCUACUCGGCUUUCGGAGGCGUCAUCUCUGCCAUCAGCGCUCCGUUGGCCUUCACAUCUCUCCCACUCAGUCCUACGCCUCCCACGCCCGCGCUCGAACCUCCCCCCAAGAAAGAAGUUAAGCCUGCCCCGAAACCUCCAAGCAGGACACAAUCUCCAGAAGCUUCUCGCACCGUCAAAUCUUCCGAACCUGAUCUUGCCGCUCUGAUCAGCAAACCCGCCCUGCGCGCCUUGCAGGAGGCCAAUACCCCGCAUUUCGCAAAUAAUGAAUCCUUCUAUCUAGUUCCUACCUCUGGAGGCACCGUUUCGUAUGCCAACAUACUCCAGAACCCCAAUGCGCCCUUGCACCAUCACCACCACCCACACCAUGCAGCGCAGAAUCCUCAUCUGGACUCCAUCUCCGAAGGUGACAACGAGUCCGGUUCAGGCCUCAGAGGCUCGUCCCACGAAGAAUUCGUCGACGCUCACGAAACUGUCGGGCCCCCUUCCCCGACCACAUCCCGCAACAGGCCACGUUCAAAGGGCAAACCCUCCUCCUCCUCCACCACCACAAAUGUAGCCACAGCUCGCACGCUUGCAGCAGGCCGUGGAGCCGGCCAGAAGACGGUGGAAGAGUACGAAUUACAGAUCGAAACUCUACUUCAGACGGUCGACAAACAGUCUAAGCGCAUUGCCAUGUGGGAAACAACAUCACAGUCGUCGCACAUUGCCCUCGCCCAGUCUUUCCGUGCUCGCACAGCGAAUCCAAACCUCCCCAAUACCACGAGCGACCCGUCGGCUCUUGCUCAUGCCCUUGCUAUGGCAAACAACCACCAUCUCGCCCUCCCGUCCCCACCUAUUCAAUCAAACGCCAGCGUUCCGCCGCUCGUUUCCCAAACUGCUGCUACCCCCUCGUCCCCGACUACCCUGCACCACCAGCCCGAUCCAUCCUCGGAACUCGUCAAGCGCAUCGCCGAUCUUGAGACCCGCGUCGCGUCGCAAACCGCGACUAUCCUAGACCUGACGGCCGACAAGGAGCAGCUGACGCGCCAAAACGAGAAGAAUGCGCUUGUACUAGGGCGGUACAGGGAACAGUGGGAGAAGUUGAAAGCUGGGGCGAGGAAGAAGCAGAUGGAGCGCACAGAGAAGAGGGUCGCGGAGAUGAGCAAGGGAAAUGGCGAGACAUCAGUGGAGGUAGGAGGGAGUGCCGCGGUUGAUGGUGGGAAGGUGGGGGAUGGCAGUAUCAUGGCAGCCGAGAAUGUUGAGGAUGAUGUAGAUGGUGGAGAUGUGGAGGGGGAUGUCGGAGGAGUAUGA